AAUACCAGUGUUAGGCUGCAUAUUGAUUUUUAGAAAAAUAAAAAAUUUACUAUGAAACUGAUUAGAUAAUAAAAUAUCGCUACCACUAUAAAAUCGUCGUAACCCAAAUCGAAUCGUGUUUCACUGAACAGACGCAUUUAGUUUCGAAGACUUACUUGUUGUUCAAAAGAGUAAUUGUCAAAGAAAAACUACAAUGCAUUUCAAAAGUGCUGUUAUCCUUUGCGCGUUGUACUUCGUGACCGUGACACAGAGCAUUGGAUUACACAGCUACCAAAUAGACCAAUUAAUUUUAAAGCAAAAUGUAUAUAAAGAUACGAUUCCUAACGAAGAGAUCAUUGCUUACUUCGCGGAGGUGGGCUAUACAGGUGAUGUCAAACCAUUUGAAAAAAAGACAUUUGAAGAAAAACAACACUGUUCGUUGAUAAAGUGGAAGCAAAACGAAUUUGUGGUCAAUAACAAAACCAUGGCGGAGUUUUUAAUAUUGUUGGCUGAUAAUAAUAAAAAGACUGACAGUUGGAUGGUAGAAGGUUUUACAACAUAUGAAGUAAAACUUUUUGUGAGAAUGUUUAAUGUACAAGAUAAGGAAGGUGAACACGACGGGCUCCUUGACAAAGCUGAAUUAAUUAAGUUACUUAAUGACAAGUUUAUUCUAACAGAAAGUCAUAAAGAGAAUAUAAUAAAUGAAUUUACAGAUGGAAAAUCAAUAAAUAUACUUCCGUAUUUGGCGGCAAUAUUGAAAUAUAAGAACAAAUAUCGUCAUCACCUGAACAAGGCGCAGAUAGACAAGUGUCACGAUGUGUACAAGAAAUCUAAAAAACACCUUAAUAGAAAAAAACAAAGCGAGUUAUUUCAAGACUUAUAUAUUGUUUCUAUGAGGUAUGAACAUUUAUUGGAUAUCAAGCACGAACGACCAGCUCAUGAGUUACAAGAGAUUUUGAUCUUUUAUUCGGAAUAUUCUCGGAUUAAUGACCUUACAGCACCUGUUAUAAGUAACGUUAGACAUCAAAUGUGGGAUUUCAACUACUAUGACAAAAACCUGGAUGGUUUACUCGUCAAUCAGGAACUUGUCGAUUUGGGAACCUAUGUGGAGAAAUAUUUUCCCAACAAGUCUCGUCCGAUAUGCGCUGCAAUGUUCUUGAACAUGAAAUUGUCUGAGUUUCCAGAAAAUUACAAAGACGAAAUUAGAAAAUAUAGCUAUGAUAAUUUAUAUGAUUAAUAUUGUCUUAAAUUAUGUUUGUUUCAUUUAACGCGUUUUUUUUAAAUUUCCUUUUGUUUCUUUUAAAAUAU